CACGAGCUGGGGUCCUCGGCGCCCGCGCCCGGUCAUAUAAACGCUGACGCUGGGAGGCGCCGCUGAAGUGGUUGUGUCGUCCGGCUUUCUCUUCUGGUGUGCACGCUUCCUUGCGCUGGUCAGCUUCGGGCCCGCGGUCUAAACAGCGAGCACGAUGCCUUCAAUUAAGUUGCAGAGUUCUGAUGGAGAGAUAUUUGAAGUUGAUGUAGAAAUUGCCAAACAAUCUGUGACCAUCAAGACCAUGCUGGAAGAUUUGGGAAUGGAUGAUGAAGGAGAUGAUGACCCUGUUCCUCUACCAAAUGUCAAUGCAGCAAUACUAAAAAAGGUCAUUCAGUGGUGCACCCACCACAAGGACGACCCUCCUCCUCCUGAGGAUGAUGAGAACAAAGAAAAGCGGACAGACGAUAUCCCUGUUUGGGACCAAGAAUUCCUGAAAGUUGACCAAGGAACACUUUUCGAACUCAUUCUGGCAGCAAACUACUUAGACAUCAAAGGUUUGCUUGAUGUUACAUGCAAGACUGUUGCCAAUAUGAUUAAGGGGAAAACUCCUGAGGAGAUUCGUAAGACCUUCAAUAUCAAAAAUGACUUUACUGAAGAGGAGGAAGCCCAGGUGCGCAAAGAGAACCAGUGGUGUGAGGAGAAGUGAAGUGCUGUGCCGACACUAUGAGGAUGGCGCCGAUACUAGUUGCACUGCUCUGUUUAUAAUUGUUAAUAGUAAAUGCAGCAGCAAGUAGUUGUGUUAGCAUAAUGUCCUCACUGCAUGUGUAGUUCCAGUAGAUCCCAAACUUAUGGUUGUUGAGUCACUUCUAUUAUGAGUGGAAGUUGUUUUUUUUUUCUUUACUCUGAAUAAAAUGGAAUUAGGGUUCUCUGCAGAAAGUGGCAUUUUGGGCUCUUUCUGUAAAGCGAUUUCUGCCUAGUUUAUUGUCCAGUUAACGUCAGUGAGCUUUUCAGAGUUGGCAUUGUAAAUAAAACAACUUAUGAAAAGUAUUCUGUAAUAGAAUUAACAAAAUACAGUCUUUAUUCAUGAUUUGGAAACUGGAAAAGGGUGACUUGAAGCUGAUGUUCCAAUGGGGUUGAUGGGAUCUUACAGACCCAAGUGAGGCAGCCCUGCUUCUGCCUAGCCUGCAUGUAGCUGGGCUCUUCGUAAUUGGACCUGAGGACUGACUUCAUUUGUCUUUUUCUUUUGUUUUUUAAAUCUCAGCUUUGAAUACGUUGCCUAGAGAUUAGUUUAGUACCCAGUUUGUGCUUUGGGAGGUGGGGAUGUAACUAGAUAAUUUGUUAGCUUUUCAAUUAAAGACACUUACUUCAUGUGGUAUGUCAUCUUAUUAUCAGUGUGCCCACAUGGGAAAAAACACUACUUGCAUGUAAAAAGUAACAUCUUUAACAUAAAACAGCCAUCAUAAGUGCAAGAUACUUUUCAAUAAAAAGGUUAUUUAGUAGGCA